AUGGCUUGCGUAACCCUGGAUUUGGUCGCUGUUGUUCCGAAAGUUUACGUCAGUGUUGCCAUCUUUGCUGCUGUGGUGGUAGUCGUGGUAGUGUGGAUCGAUCGGCCCGUCCGCAAGCAAAGCAUCGUCCAGAUUCUGCAAGCGUCACUGGAAGGCGCCGACAUCUUUGCCCACCAGACGGAUCGGGACGUCGCGGCUGAGUGGAUUCGAUGCUGCGUCUCCGCUACCGUGGUGACAUCCUACAACAGCAGGGUUUACCGGAUCAAGCAGGUGCACUUUGACAAGGAUCCUUCGCACACGUUCAUGAUGUACCAGCGGGAUCAGAAGGAGCACAUGGAGAUUAGCUUCGCGAAGUACUACGAGGCCUUUUAUCACAAGACGAUCGCGAAUAAGUACCAGCCACUGCUUGAAGCUUAUCCGGAGAAGGAAACCGAACAGGUCUUCCUGCUCCCGGAGCUGUGCUCUCCGACAGGGAUCACGGAGGACAUGCGCAAGGAGAAGCAGGUGCUCACGGACGUGCUUAAGCAGUUGAAGGUGCAGCCACAGGAAAGGCUGACUUCCAUCUUCAGCAGUGUGGCCGACAUGCAGCGGGUACAGACGCCGGCAGUGAGCACCAUCCAGGCCUGGGGGUGCAGCCUGGAGAAGGAUCCUCUUGAGGUGCAAGGACGAGUGCUUGAUCCGCUUCAGGUUUGUUUCAAGGAGAAGAACUACACGAUCGAAGAGGGCAACUUCACGAAAUAUCUUCGGCACACCAUCCAGGUCCCAAUCAAGAUCGAUCAUUGGCUCGUGAUCUAUCUGAACGAGGAUGAAGAUGUGCUGAAAGUCUGGUUGAAGUCGAUCAAGGAUAUUGCGCAGUGCGCCUUCAGCAUGUCCGUGGCCGAGCCGCAGAAGGUGGAGUGCAACGAUCAGUACACCGGCCUCUCAGAGAUCUUGCAAGAGAACGUCAAGGAGAACACCCAGCUCGUCAUGCUCAUCACGAAGGAGAAUCCGAAGAUCUACCAGCUCUUCAAGCAGAAGCUUUGUUGCAUGGUGCCAUGCAUUUCGCAGGUGGUCAAGAGCGAAACGAUCCGGAAGCGCAAUGGCAUUGCCGCGACGCUGAGUCGUUUGGUCUUGCAGAUGAAUGCGAAGUUCUGCGGGCCAUUGUGGCACAUCGCGCCCCCUGGUCCGGAGGAUUCCGAGUUUGAGGAGUUCCGAAAGGUGCCAUUCAUGAUUGUGGGUGUGGACGUCUACCAGGCCUACGACGGAAUGAAAGUGCUGGGAUUGACGGCCACUCUGGACAAGAGCUAUUCCCAAUACUUUUCCGAAAGCGCGAUCUUGGAGCCGGCGUGGGAGCCGGAGUCCUGGCGAGCGAGCCUCUCAGUCCAUCUGCAGAGACUCCUCCGGGACGCGAUCGCUUGCUUCGCACGCUGCAACGACAGCAUUCUCCCUGAGAACAUCAUCGUGUACAGGGCGUCGGUAAACCCGGAAGACUGGCCGGAUGUCGCAGCGACUGAGCUCGAGGCGGUGAAGGGAGUGGCAGGGAUCACGGGGAGCUGUGCGAACGCCCCGUAUGAGCCGAAGAUCACCUUCAUCACCAUCGCCAAGCGAGGGAACAUGCGACUCUUCUACCGCAGUGAAGGCGACCCUGCCUGCAAGAACCCCGAGCCAGGAACUGUUGUGGAUGAUCCUGCCGUUUGCGCUGGAGAUGUUCCAAACUUCUACUUGAUCAGCCAGGCCAUCUUGAAGGGCUCGGCCAUCCCAGCGCAUUUUUCAGUCUUCGCCAACCCUGCCAACCACUCACUGGAAUUCCUUCAGAAUUUGACGAACAGGCUCUGCUUGAUGUACUACACCGCAGCAGUGGCCGUCCGUCUGCCGGCCCCCGUGGUCUACGCGAAGAAGCUCGCGUCCUUCGUGGGCAGCGUGAUCCGAAAGGAGCCCCAUCCGUCGCUUCAGCGCACUCUCUUCUACCUCUAA